CCCGGGCCGCAGCGGCCGCACCAUGAGCGACAUCCGCCACUCGCUGCUCCGCCGCGACGCGCUGAGCGCCGCCAAGGAGGUGCUGUACCACCUGGACAUCUACUUCAGCAGCCAGCUGCAGAGCGCGCCGCUGCCCAUCGUGGACAAGGGCCCCGUGGAGCUGCUCGAGGAGUUCGUGUUCCAGGUGCCCAAGGAGCGCGGCGCGCAGCCCAAGCGGUUGAAUUCACUUCAGGAGCUCCAGCUUCUUGAAAUCAUGUGCAAUUAUUUCCAGGAGCAAACCAAGGACUCUGUCCGGCAGAUUAUUUUCUCAUCCCUUUUCAGCCCUCAAGGGAACAAGGCUGAUGACAGCCGGAUGAGCUUGUUGGGAAAACUGGUCUCCAUGGCAGUGGCUGUGUGUCGGAUCCCAGUGUUGGAGUGUGCAGCCUCUUGGCUUCAGCGGACGCCGGUGGUCUACUGCGUGAGGUUGGCCAGGGCCCUGGUGGAUGACUACUGCUGCCUGGUGCCGGGGUCUGCGCAGACGCUGAAGCAGAUCUUCAGUGCCAGCCCUCGCUUCUGCUGCCAGCUCAUCACCUCCGUCACUGCGCUGUACGACAUGUCGUCAGAUGAGCUCAUCCCACCAUCAGACUUGCUCGAGAUGAUCGUCAGCUGGAUUUUUGAGGACCCGAGGUUGAUUCUCAUCACUUUUUUAAAUACCCCGAUUGCAGCCAAUCUCCCAAUAGGAUUUUUAGAGCUCACACCUCUCACCGGAUUGAUCCGCUGGUGCGUGAAGGCGCCUCUGGCUUAUAAGCGGAAGAAGAAGCCCUCCCUGUCCAAUGGCCACGUCCCCACCAAAGUUACAAAGGACUCGGGAGGGAUGGACAGAGACUCCCACCUCUUGUACUCAAAGCUCCACCUCAGCGUCCUCCAGGUCCUCAUGAUGCUCCAGGUGCACUUGACUGAGAAGAAUCUUUAUGGGCGCCUGGGGCUCAUCCUCUUUGACCACAUGGUCCCGCUGGUGGAGGAGAUCAACAGGUUGGCGGAUGAACUGAACCCCCUGAACGCCUCCCAGGAGAUCGAGCUCUCUCUGGACCGCCUGGCCCAGGCCCUGCAGGUGGCCAUGGCCUCCGGAGCCCUGCUGUGCACAAGAGAUGACCUGAGAACCUUGUGCUCCAGGCUGCCCCACAAUAACCUGCUCCAGCUGGUGAUCUCGGGCCCGGUGCAGCAGGCGCCCCAUGCCGCGCUCCCCCCGGGCUUCUACCCCCACAUCCACACGCCCCCGCUGGGCUACGGGGCUGUGCCUGCACACCCCGCCGCCCACCCCGCGCUGCCCGCGCACCCGGGCCACACCUUCAUCUCGGGCAUGACGUUCCCGUUCAGGCCAAUCCGCUAGGCCACCCGCGAGCCUCCGAGCAGCAGUGUGCCUUCCAGAGAGAGGGGGCCGCCGGCAGAAGAGGACCUGCGGGGGGCAGCCGGCGGCCCCCCCGCCCCUCCCCCGGCAGGACUGUCCUGGUGUGGAAGCUGCUGUGAAAGCUGCGCGGCCGGGUGCCCCCUGGCUGGUGGCAGUCGCAGGAGUCCAGGCCGGAUGGAUGGAAGGAAGGAAGGAAGAAGGAGCGGGGUGGGUGUCCUCGAUGCCCAACCGCCAGCCCGGGGGGCCCAGGGGGCGCUUCGUGGCCGAGCAGCCCGGGCGCAGGUGUGACGAGGAGCCUUCGCAGGUCCCUUUGGCUUCUCUGCUUGUGAGUGUGGCGGUCCCGGCACCAGCGUCUCCAGUGGCUCCGUGAGCCCGAGGACGGGGCGCCUGGCGGGGGACGGGCCAGGGCCGCCCUCACCCCCGGGGGGCUUCUCUGUUUUAUUGGGGGCUAAAUUUUCCUUUCAUAUGUUCAAAUAAAUUUUUUCUAAACAGUU